CACAAUUUUCUCGGGAAAAUAAUGGUGAAUCUAACCAUUGUUGGAAGAGUGAAAGACGGGUUGCCAUUGGCACAGGAAGCAAGGUGCUUGAUAAAUGAAACGACGGCGUCCCACAACUUGUCAUCCAGUUACAAGCAACAAGCUGAGUUCCUUCUCCAUGAAAUCUCCAGAGGAGCUUUACCACUUCCCACGAUGACUGUACGCGUUGAUCACCAUUCUUUCAGCUAUUUGGUGGUGCAUGGAAUCUGCUUCAUCACAUUGUGCGAUUCUUCCUAUCCAAGAAAACUAGCUUUCCAUUACCUUCACGAUCUGCAAAAGGAGUUUGACAAGUUUGAUAACGCCCUCGUCCACAAUAUUACAAAGCCAUACAGCUUUGUUAAAUUCGAUAGUAUUAUUGCUAAUAUUAGAAAGCAAUACGUUGAUACAAGAACACAAGCAAAUCUAUCGAAGCUGAAUGCCGAUCGUGGGCGAGAACUCGAUAUCGUUACAGAAAACAUGUCUGAUAUUAUCGAAAGAAGACGGAAUUCGGAAAUAUUGCAGACACCAGCAGCGCCUAAUAGUACCCUUCGGACCUCCUCCCCUCGGCUUGAGGCAAUUGCAUUGAUAUGGACACCCAUUGCAAUCAUCACUGUUGCUGCUUCGAUUCUUUUGUGGACUAGCCUGAUCUUUACGGAUGACUACUUGAUAUCAACUUUGUAGAGCUCCAUCCAAAUCAAAAUCAGGGUUUGGGAGAGAUUUGAAA